AUGUCAUCGUCUUCAUUUAUUGCCACUCUCGGUUUUGUUACCCGACAAAUAAAUAUCUUUGCUGGCACAUCGAUAUUCAUCGCUGGUGUCAUUGGUGGAUUACUCACAACUAUCGUUUUUCUUAGUCUUCGCACAUUUCGAGAUAGUCCAUGUGCAUUUUAUCUUAGUGUUAUGUCAUUUGUUAAUAUUGGUCAAUUACUAACAGGUUUACUUUCUCGUAUCACAACGAAUAUGUCUGGUAUCGAUUGGACACAACUUUCUCUCUUCUACUAUCAAUACUUAGCUACUUGUCAGCGUCCUCGUUGGCAACGAUGGAGUAAUUUGAAAUCAGCUCGUUGUCUGUCGAUAGUAUGUAUCAUGUUCAGUAUUCUAACAGCAAUUCCAUGUUUAAUUUACUAUACUCAUAAUGUAUCACUCAUUACAGGAAAAAUAUCAUGUACGGCUACUAAUGGUUUCUUCAUACAAUUAAAUAUUUAUUUUUAUCGUCUCAUUAUGAGCAAUGUUCUACCUCUUUUUAUUGCUCUGGUGUUCGGAUCGUUGACAUAUCGGAAUGUAAAAGAAAUUGCUUAUCGAACUAUCCCACUUGUUCGACGUGAAUUGGAUAAACAAUUGACUGCAAUGAUUCUUGUACAAGAUAUUUUUACAUUUAUGACUAUCUUACCAAUAAUGACUUUAGGAUUUUUAUCAUUCAAUCCGGCUUUUAUCCAAAAUUCUCUUGCUGAAGCAGAAUUUCAAUUCGCUAAUGUUAUAGCUGUAAUGUUUUAUUAUCUAUAUUUUACUUGUCCAUUUUAUAUUUAUAUAUGCGUUUCCGAACGAUUUCGUCGACAACUGAAAUAUGUUCUUUUGGAUACUCAUCUAAAUCGAUGGCGACGAACACAGGCAAAUGAUAAUCAAGUCAUGCCUCAGAUAUGA